AUGCUUUGUACACGCUAUUUCUUCGUGGAAGCUGAUCCGAUAAUGAUAGUGGAAUCAUGGACACUGCCGUUGUGGAUCAUUCGUAGCGGAAAUCAAGUGUUAAACUACACAGAUAAUUUGGCGAAUCCGCACGAUGAGCAGCAUAAACAUCUAGUGACUGCAUUCGAGAAAGGUGUCGGCGAGAGUUAUGCGAGUACACCCCUCAGGAAUGGUUUCGUAGUCGCCGAAGUAAACGAUAUCAGUCGACCAAGCGAUUUCAUCAAGGUUGUUUUAAACUUUCAGAGAAAAUAAUG